AUGGACGUGGAUGGCGCAAAUGGAGGGGAGACCUCUGCAAAUGCUAAUCAAAACGGCGAGCAAGAAGACACACAGUCGUUCAAGCUGAAGUUUUGCACUGUUUGCGCGAGCAACCAGAACAGGUCAAUGGAGGGCCAUCUUCGCCUCUCUGAGGCCCAUUACCCGGUCAUUUCCUUCGGUACGGGGUCGCUGGUCCGACUGCCCGGUCCGACCAUAUCGCAGCCGAAUGUGUACAAGUUCAACGAGACGUCAUACGAUAGCAUCUAUCGAGAGCUUGAAGCCAAGGACUCUCGACUGUAUCGAGCAAACGGCCUCCUUAACAUGGUGGACCGUAAUCGCAAUGUCAAAUGGGGUCCGGAACGAUGGCAAGACUGGCAGAUCGGCAUGCCUAGACUAAAGCACGAGAAGGACCAGGGAAGUGAAGGCAUGGAGGGUGGCGUCGCCGAUAUCGUCAUCACAUGCGAGGAACGGUGCUGGGAUGCCGUUGUCGAUGAUCUCAUGAAUCGGGGUUCUCCCCUCAACCGGCCCGUUCAUGUUAUCAACAUAGACAUCAGGGACAACCACGAGGAAGCUUCCGUCGGGGGCAAGGCCAUGGUCGACCUAGCCGACUCUCUGAAUAGAGUUGCCGCCGAGGAGCGUGCGAAGGUGGGAGCCAGCGGCUUCGAUGCCGGAGGCGCAGCAAGCAGGUCGAACUUUGAUGAACGAGUUCCAGAGGUAUUGGGCGAGUGGCAGGAGAGGUGGCCAACCCUUCCAGCCACGUGGACUUUGGCUUGGUUCUAA